UCUUUGAUUUACUCAACACUUCAUCAUGUUGUUUUGUCUGGUAAGAGGUCUUUGAUUUAUUAAUUUUGUGAAUCUUGCGUAAAAUUAGCUGGUUUAGAUGACAAGGAGGAGUGAUUUGCUGCUUUUGGGGGAAAUCAUGUGUUGAUGGCAUUGGUUAUGUGAUGACCUAAUUCACUUUGAUAAUUUUGGAAUAUCUAAUCAUUAAAGAGAAUUUGGAAGCAUGUGGACUUGAUAGAAGAGCUUUUCACGCUGUAGGAUUUUAUUGUUCUAGUGUCUGCAAUAGAUGUAGCUUCGUACUGUGGCAGUUCACUCUUUCAAUUUGAUGAGGAAAUUUGUUGUUAACCAGUUUUAUUUGAUUCGCUUACUUAUUUGGAGAGGGAAGAUUACACUAUUUGAACCUUUAUUGAAACUAAUGUUUGAACAUCAUUGAUUAAGAAUAGUCUGUGACUCUGUAUUUUGUAAUCUUUUCCAUGAAAGAUGAAACAGUGAUUUGUAACGAUAUUCUACUGAGAAAAUAAGAAGGCAACCCUCGGUGCAAAUCCUAGGUGUUCCAGUUUUGGUAAUGCCAAAUGAACCUUUGUGUGUGUAUGAUGGCUUUGGUUGUUAUUUGUGGUCAGCCUUGUAGUGGGAAGUCAACAGCCGCAGCCUGCCUGGCUGAAGCCCUUCAAGAAACAGAACCGAAGCCAUCAGUUCGGAUCGUUGAUGAAUCUUCGUUUCACCUCACACGGAACGACGGCUAUGCUAACAUGCCAUCAGAAAAGAAUUUAAGAGGAGUUUUGAGAUCUGAAGUUGAUAGAUCUCUGACCAGAGACAAUAUUAUUAUAGUGGAUUCUUUGAACAGCAUAAAGGGGUACAGAUACGAGCUAUGGUGUCUGGCUCGUGCAGCUGGUACAAGAUACUGUGUCGUACACUGUGAUGCUGAAGAGACAUAUUGUCGGAAAUGGAAUGAAGAACGGAGGGAUAAAUCAGAGGAGAAUUAUGAUGAUAAAAUAUUUGAAGAUCUGGUUAGAAGGUUUGAGAGGCCGGAUAGCAGAAACCGUUGGGAUUCACCGUUGUUUGAGCUAUGGCCCUCCCGAGAUGGGAUUGAAAAAUUGUCGGCUGCCAUAGUGGAUGCUGUGAGAUACCUGACAAAAAGAGUAGACUCAAAAACCAAGGAUGUUAAAGUGUUGCAGCCCACUAUUGCAACACAGGGUGCACGUCUAACAGAGGCGAAUUCUCUCUACGAGUUGGAUAGAGCAACACUUGAGGUAAUGAACAUGAUCGUAGAAGCACAGUCCCAUGCAGCCGGAGGUCCCCUCAAUGGCGUGACUCUUGGGCCGGGCUUACCUAGUGUUGAUAUUUCAAGGCAUGUUGGCCUCCCCGAGCUGCGUAGGCUCAGGCGGACUUUCAUAAAAUUAACAGGACAGUCGAGCUUGAGUGGUCCGCCACCACCCUCAGAUGCUGAUAGUGCAAAGAGAAUGUUUGUGGAUUACUUGAACAGGGAAUUGGGAAACAGUUAGAGCCAGAGGCAAAUCGCAGAACGGUAGUUGCUGAAAAUCUUCUCGACGUUCUGCUAAUGCACGGCAGUGUCCAUGCCGGAGGGAUUUUGUAUUCUCCCUGGAAGCAAUGCUGGAGACAAGAUGUUUGAGCAACUGGGCCAUGAUUUUGGGAUAAGGCGAUUUAGCACUGCACCGUUAAAAUAAGCUUAUUUUUCAAAGAUAUUGUGCUGUUUGUUUCGUGUUGUAUUGUUUUUUGAUCAAAGCAUAUACAUAUAUAUAACUUACUUCUCUAAUCCAUCUUUUGUUAGACAAUUGCUAUUUGCUUCUAAUCUAUCUUUUGUUAGACAA